CUUAUUUGAGGGAUUUUCCAACAAACGUGAGAUCAUGUCAGCAAUACAAGACUUACAGUUGUCAGAUAACACCGUUACAAGAAGAAUACAAGCCAUUUCAAAGGAUAUGCAAACUCAGUUAAAGAGUGAUUUGGAAAUAUGUGAGUGGUUCUCACUUCAAUUUGACGAGUCUACCGACAUAUCAGACACAGCACAGUUAGCAGUUAUGGUGAGAAUGGUAUUUAGUGACUUUACUGUAAAAGAAGAUCUACUAAAAAUAUUACCCAUGAAAGGACGAACAACAGGUGAGGAUAUCUAUAAAAUAUUUAUAACAUAUGCAAAGUCGAUAGAUAUGCCUCUCCAGAAGUUGUCUGCGAUAACCACUGACGGAGCACCAGCAAUGGUUGGUAAUGUCAAUGGAUUUAUUGCCCUCUGCAUAAAAGAUAAAUCAUUUCCAAAUUUUAUGUCGUAUCACUGUAUUAUCCACCAGGAAGUUUUGUGUGGUAAAAUACUACCCUUCGGACACGUCAUGAAAAUAAUUACAAAAAUAGUCAACUUAAUUCGUGCAGCUCCUUUGCAACACCACCUUUUCAAGGCCCUAUUAGAAAAUCCUGAAGAUCCUGAUCUCAUUCUACAUACUCAAGUAUGUUGGCUCAGUAAAGGCAAAGUUCUUGCUAGAUUUUGCAAGAGUAUGGAAAAUAAAUUAACUCUUUAA